CGAGACUCAUCGGAAAUGCGCUUCUUGCUCGUUGAUCCUGUCGGGGACCCACUUAUCAGUAAAUUGUGAGGAAAAAUUUCCGGAGAACUUCUCAUUGUCUAAGUACUUUUUUCAUAUCUUUUCACAUUUUCCUCGAAAUAUGUAUUCCAUACUAAAAACCGUCUCAAAAGUUAACAGCGUUGCCUCCGUCGCACGAAGAGCGACCGGAGUCAGAACUCACAUCAUUUCUGGACCACCGACAAGGCCAAUCCCCAAAGCAAUAAGAGGUGUCAUUGGUGGCAUCCUGUUUGUGGGCUGCCUGGGUGUUCCAGCCUGGAUCACAUACCAUAUUCCAUCAUACUCUAAACGUUAAAUCAUGUUCGUAUCUUCUAAUUAUUUUGUCACUAGUUUGAAGAGUCUUCGCUCUUUUUAUUAUCUCUUGGAUUAAGUCAGUAAAAUUAUUACACCCAGCUAAAAUUGUUCGAUUAUUUUUUAAUUUCAACAUUUGUUUUUGAACUUACCAACCUGUAUAUGUUGUGAGCUUCAUAAAUGUAUCUUGUUAACAUAA